CCGGGAGCGCUGGCAGCCCUGCUCGGGUGCCGGGGCCGCCAGGGCACGGCCAGGCGCCAGCCACAGGGGAGAGCCGCCACCUGCGGCCUGCCCCCCCGCCUCCCGGCCGCGCCCGGCCCCGUGGGGCGCCGGGGCGGAGCAGGGCCCGUCCCGCCCCGCCGCGCCGACGGCAAACUUGUGCAGCCAGGUGGGGCAGCCGACACUCGCAACGUCCCGUCGCGUCCCGGCCGCGGCCAGAGGAUCCGCGUCCUCUGCCGAUGGAUCCCGCGGCGGCGGGGGACGAGCUGUCCCGCCUGCGCGCCCUCUUCCUGGCCUGCGACGCCAGCGGCUCGGGCCGCAUCGAGCGAGAGGACUUCGGGGCGCUCUGCGCCGAGCUGCGGGUGCAGCCGGCCGAGGCCGAGGCCAUCUUCCAGCGCCUCGACAGCGACCGCGACGGGGCCAUCACCUUCCCGGAGUUCGCCCGCGGCUUCCGCGGCGCCACCCGGCGGCGGUCCGGCGGCGGCGAGCGGGAGGGAGAGGAGGAAGCGGCGGUGUGGGCCGGCGCGGGGCUGGAGCAGACCUGGAGGGACUUCGAGGUGCGGCUCGGGGACGAGGCGAGGUACAUCCCCAGACAAGAGCAGGUCAGUGUUCUGUAUCAGAACAUACACAUAGUGGAACCAAGAUUAAUCCAGCCGUACGAACAUGUCAUUAAGAACUUCAUCCAAGAGAUCAAACUUCAAAGCACAGAGAUGGAAACUUUGGCCAUCGCAGUGAAAAGAGCUCAGGAUAAAGCGGCAGUUCAGCUCAGUGAGCUGGAGGAAGAGAUGGAACAACGCAUACAGGCUGCAGAGCAUAAAGUUAAAAAGGAAGAGAAGCGAAAAGCUGAAGAAGCACUAAAUGAGCUGAAGCGUCAGUACGAUACUGAAGUUGGGGAUCUUCAGGUGACAAUAAAAAAGCUUAAAAAGCUGGAGGAGCAAUCAAAAAACGUAAAUCACAGGGAAGAUGUGGUUGAACUGAAAAAAAGAAUGCAUGAUAUGUUGCUGGAAAAUCAGAAACUUAAGAAAGAUCUCUUAGAAGCACAGACAAAUAUAGCUUUUCUACAGAGUGAAUUAGAUAGCUUGAAAAGCGAGUAUGCAGAUCAGACUUUGAACACUGAGAGAGACCUAGAAAUGAUCCGAGAGUAUACUGAAGACAGAGAUAAUCUGGAAAGACAAAUUGAAAUACUUCAAUCAGCUAAUAGAAAGCUGCAUGACAGCAAUGAUGGUUUAAGGAGUGCACUUGAAAACAGUUUCAGCAAGUACAACAGAUCAUUGAAGGAUGGAGACAGAAUAAUGGACUCACAGAGACAAGACUGGCCAGGAAGGAGGAAAACAGGGGUCAUUGCCUGUUUCCAGCAUGCCAUACCAAUGAACCGGUUAGCAAACACCUCACCAGGAAGUACCAUUUCUAGAAGCAGUCCUAAAUUUAAUGGUGGACAGUCUCCUCUAAACCCACGGUAUGACAGAUCAUCUCAUUCUUCUUAUGUGGAUGAAGAUUAUGAUUCUUUAGCCCUUUGUGAUCCUAUGCAAAGGAUAAACUGUGAAGUUGACAGCUUACCUGAGAGCUGUUUUGACAGUGGUUUGUCUACCCUGAGAGAUUCAAAUGAUUAUGAUUCAGAAGUGGAAUACAGGCAUCAAAGGAUUUUUCAAAGGUCACAGUGUAUGCGAGAAAGCUUUGGUGGUGAUGCUUCUGAUACAGAUGUUCCAGAGAUCAGAGAUGAAGAAGCAUACAGUCCUGAUAACAGCAGUACAGUGUUAGACUGGAAGCCCUCACGACCAGUAAGUCGAAGCAGUUCAAUUGUUUCAACAAGGAAAUACAUAUCUGCUCUCACCCCUCAGUCAGAUGCAACUGAAUCUACUCCAAAAUACCCCAGUUCAGAGAAGGCUUACAAGAUUGUUCUUGCUGGAGAUGCAGCAGUGGGAAAAUCCAGUUUCCUUAUGAGACUUUGCAAGAAUGAAUUUCGAGGCAAUACCAGUGCAACCCUGGGUGUGGAUUUUCAAAUGAAAAGACUAAUAGUUGAUGGGGAACCUACAGUGCUACAACUGUGGGACACAGCUGGGCAGGAGAGAUUCCGAAGUAUUGCUAAAUCGUACUUCAGAAGAGCAGAUGGUGUCUUACUGCUGUAUGACGUAACAUGUGAAAAAAGCUUUCUUAAUGUGCGAGAAUGGGUGGAUAUGAUCGCGGAUGCAACUCAUGAGAAUAUUCCAAUUAUGAUGGUGGGAAACAAAGCAGAUCUCCGUCAAGCUGUUACAGAACAAGGGCAAAAAUGUGUGCCUAUAAACUAUGGGGAAAAGCUGGCUAUGACUUAUAAUGCACUAUUCUGUGAAACAAGUGCUAAAGAUGGAUCUAAUAUUGUAGAAGCAGUUCUUCAUCUUGCUCGUGAAGUGCGAAAACGAAGUGAUAAUCAAGAUGAUACAAGGUCAAUAACCAGCCUGGCUGGGACACCUGUCAAAAAAUCGGCACUCACGAAAAACUGUUGCAAUGUUUAAGUGAUAGAUACUUUUCCUGACCUAAAUAACUUGUGUAUUUACAAAACAAAAUAAUGAAGGAUUUCAAUAAUGUAUUUGUUUUAUUGUGGAUUUAUACAUUUGUGUAUUUAGAAAUUGCACAUCAUGUUAAAAAUCCAGACUCUACUUUCUACUCAUUCAUAUGCACUUGCUUUGCCCCAUAGGCUCUGGUUUCACUUUUCUUAAGUAAUAUAAGUCAAUGAAGUGAGCUCAGAAUCAAUGUUAUAGUAGUCACUGCAUACAAUAUUGUAAUGUAUUUUAUCAUCUUUACCUGCUUGUUUCUUUACGGGCUCAAUAUUUCUUAAAAACAGAACAUGAUAAUAUCAUAUAUCGCUCAUAGGAAAAGAAAAAAUAACAGCUUCAAUUAAUUUAAUGUCUUUUUGCUCAUGUCUGCUUAUCUAGUUUUUUGAAGGCCUUAAGUUAUAUGUCGAUGAAACAUGUCCCAAGAAAACCCCAAAUCAUUAAAAGGUUGCCUAGAUCCAGGUAAACUGUAAGUUCAGGGCAUGAAGCAGAAUGGUCUCUGUUGGGAGAAGACAGUGGCAGGUGCAUGUGGUUCUGCUGUAAUUUCACAAAAGUUGGCGAGUUAGAAUUUAAUUGUGGGAGUUGGGGUUUGAUUCAGAACUGAGAAGUAGAUUUUCCAUCUGAUCCUACGCAGCUCAGAAGUGAAAGGAACAUUCGUGUGGACCAUUACCAUUCAAAAUUCCGGAGAGACAUAAUACCUGUGAUAUGUAGGAUUACUGAUCCAAUACCUGCCUGUUUGUUUAGAUUAGAUCUUUAUUAGUAUUACAGAGAGAUAUAUGUUGUAAUUCUUCCCUUGUUUUUCCAAUGUAUUCCAUACAGACACUAAUUGACUAAUUGAAGGAUUGUAAUAGUACAGAGGAGUCUGUUUUAAUGGAUAUUUGUAUGCAUUUUUGAAGUUUUAAACCUGUAGGUGAAAGAAUUACUGCACAUGCACAAGCAUCUGUAUUAACUGUUCAUUAAAAGAGGUCUCCGAAAUGAACAGCAACCACUAACCUUAAUGAGAAGUCCUUUGCCUGAUUUUAGGAAAAUUCUGAGAAACACACCACUAGGUGGUAGCUUUAGGUGUCAGCAUCUCUAAAAACUGAGUUGUUAUUGCUUAUAAUAGUUCCCAACAGUCCUAUAGCGUAGUAAAAAUUGUAGGUGUUUCUACAAUUAACAAUCAUGAUCCAAUUCUUCUCAGCUUUCACUAAUUUUGAUGGGAAUGGGAUAGGGCCUCUUCAGAGCCAGCAAACCAUUUCAGUCUUUUCAGUGUAUAUUAAUAAAACAUCUCCAGGCUGAAACCUAGCUCAGUAAAUCAACCUUGGAUAAAGUUUUAUGGACUGAUUGGAAACCCAUAUGACUAGCAGCUGUUACUGCAUUUUAUCAACACUGUAUUUGAACACGGUAUAGCCUGUGCUGUGUUAUCAGUUUUAUAAAAUGUGGAGUUCUCAGGAACAGGAUGGUUCAUAAUUUAAAAAUAAAUUACAGUUUUAAAGUAGGAAGAGCAGUGUUUUUAGGCAUCCUUUCAAACCUCUAAAUCAGAGCAGCUAAUCCUCGGGUAACUAUCUGAAAACUUGUUCUUAACAGACAGAGAAAUUUAAUGCUAGAAGGAAUAAGAUUUUAUUUCACUGUAUUGUACUUCAGCCCAAGAAGAGAAAACAUGUUUGGUGUCCUUUUGAAGUUCUAAGGGGAUCUUCACACACUACCUUAUUCCAUGCAGGUGACUUUAGGGUUGUAGCAUCUUCCCACCCAGCAGUACAAGAGGCCUCAUUGUAGUCCUGCAACUUACCUGGAGCAGGUGGCAGAGAAUGAAGGAGAUGCAGGUGUACCAGGAAUAUGCCUGGUCACAUACGUAUUGUUUACUAUUAACCUUGUAAUAUUUAAACAAGAAAAUUACAGCUGUAAUUAGUUUCUCUGAGGAGAAAAUCAUGCUUAACUGAGCACAUUGAUGAGGGCCUCUUCUGUGUUGUUUGUGUGUAAAAGCUUCUCUCUGUUCCAAAGGAGUGAAAUGGGAGUAGAAUUAAUAUGGGUUGUACUUGCAGACAGUUCUGCAGCAGUAGAGAGGAGAGAGGGAGAUGAUCCAGCGCUUGGUUUCUGAAGUGUAAGCUUACAACAUGUAGGCAUUUGCAUUUUCUCAGGAUGGGAAGGUCACGAUUAUAAGCUGUUACUUACAUUCCAAAAGAUUUCUCCUUCUGUGUUAUUAACUUCUGUUAACUUGUAGGGCUUAGACUGAGGCUCAGUGUUCUAAAUGUGUCUCCUGAACCACAGGGUUUGACUAGCUCUGUGGUCUUGGACUGCAGUAAAUGAGGUGAAAUAUGUUUGCCUGAACCUUGUUGACACACCUGCAUGAGCAAAAUAUUUUGGCUGGAUACAGAGAAUCACAUAAAGUUGUUUGCAGGAAGGAUUUCUGGAAGUGGUUUUGUCCAACCUCCCAAGCACCCAAGUAGAGAUGGACUGUUGCCAGCCCUACAUCAGGUUAACUGUCGGUUUGGCUAGACAGGCUGUGAAAAUCCCCAAAGACAGAGAUUCCACCACCAUUCUGGGUAGUCUGUUCCUGUGCUUGCACUCCCCUUAUGGAUAAAAAUUUCUCUCUGUGUCCAACAUCAGUUUCCCAAGUGGCUACAAAUUUGUAGCUGUUUCCCCUUAUUAUAUCAUCUCCUGCUACCAAGAAGAGUUUGGCUGCAGUCUUGGUAACUCCCCUUUCAGUAUCUGUAGGCUGUUGGCCCUUUCUUCACCAGUAUAACAACAUCGUGAGGUACCUCUUGCAAAUGUGGGUUCCACGUCCCAGAGUUAGCAGCAUGCAUGCAUGUGCAGUAAUUGCUUUCAUAUCUAAGAUUUUUAUCCUACAGAGAGUGCCAUGUGAAUGUCCAUACUUGUAGAGAGUUUGGUUGAAGGAUGUGAGUUCAGGGACCUGCCUUCACACCUAUUUUUUUCUCUCUGCAGGAUUGGGCCAUUGAUAUUUUCGGUACUUUUUUUCAUUUAUUUUAAUGACCAAAGUCUUACUUGUGUUAUUUGGCCAAAUUAUAUAAUUUAAUCACUUUUUUUUAAGCUCUGUAAUUUUUGUGUGUCAUGUAAAGCAAUAAUUUGAAACAGUGUUGUUUUUAAAUAAGAUUCGGGGUUGGAAACUGUUAACAAGGUUUUACCUUGGAGUAGUUUUAUGGUCAAUGUAUACAUUACUAAAAAGGCACUACCAAAUGGGGAUGUAGCUAUAGCUCAGUUGGAACUAGUUUUAGAAAUUCUAUGAUGAUCAGCUCCAUCAAGUCUGAAUAUUCACAUAAUACUAUGUAGAAUUCAUGUGAAAGCAAAGGAACUUGAAAAAAAUACUUAAAUUUCAAAAUUAAAGGAUGUAUUUAUACAUGGAAAUAAUGAAUACAUAAAGUUUUAUUUUCUUUUGGCAAGCAUGAGCUUUAUGCUCUGACAUGGUUGCACUAUUGUACUUUGAAUAUUUUUAUAGUUUUGUUUAGCACCUAAGAACUAUUCAUUUAAUCGCACAGUUAUUUUUUUAGUUAGUGGAUGUGUUCCCUUAAUACAUGUAUUUAUUUGAAAAGGAAAAAACUUUUGUGGUUUUCCUCAUGAUAUGUAAAUAAAUUAUUUUUAUUCAGUUGACAUGGAAGUAUUAUUUUAUCUUGUAUUGGUUUUGACCCUUUUUAGUUGUGGCAUAGUAUGCAUUUCUGAGGCAAUAAUUUCUGAGACACUCUGAAAAUGUUUUGAUCGCGUAAGUUCUUGUAACCACUUUGUGCCUGCUUAGCAUACAUUUAGUGGCUUAAUAAGACAAGCUGCAGCUUCUUUUAAUUGUUCUUAGAAGUACAGUUAUGGCCUAACAUGGUUCAAGUAUUUUUCUGUGUAACUAUCCUCUAUUAUUUUAGGAAAAAUAAAUUACAGUUUUAAAUCUGAAUAGCCUGUUAAAAUGUAUCCCAAGGAAAAUAUCUAUGGACCACUCCUGCAUGUAGAUGUGCACCCAUGCAGAUCCCCAAUUAAGCUAAUAGGUUCUGUGUUAGUGCAGGCAAUCUGUUCAUAUAUAGGUCUUUUUAAAGAGGUUUUCUUUUUUCCCCAAUCCACUGCUGUACAACAAUGCUAGGUAACUUUUUAGGGAAAAAGAUUUCAGUGAAAGAUCCCCAAUUCAUAAAGCAAAGGGAGAUAAUUAUUCAUAUAAUCAAGGCAUUCUGUAACAUGACAAAGAAACCUGCUUCCUAGAUGUUUCUGACUGUAUUAGGUAAUUAAAAAAAGUGGACCAAUAUCUCAUGUGCAGUUCAAAUGGCCUUUACCAGUACCCCUGCCAGAUUUGAUACAGCAUGUAAUACUGUCACUCUGACCCUGUGCAGAAUACUUAUGGAUUGGAGAAGCUUUUUACAGCACCAGUUAUUUUAGUAUUUCUCUCCCACUGUAUUACUAUCAGGCCUAAUCCUUUCUUGUUGGUAUCUUUAGUACUGGUAACAUUAAUAUUCAUCAUUAUUCAUUUUUUUUUCACCUAUCUUGUUUUGUGAGAAAACUAUUCUUACUGUAAAAGAAAAUUUGACUCAGAUAUGUGGAAUGUAGGUUCAAAUUUUUUGCUCAGCUUGUAAAAAGAAGUCCUUUUUCUACAAUUUCUGCUCUUUGAGUUAUGGCUAUGGAUAGCUGGGUUUAUAGGAAAUUAGUCAUUAGUAACAAAUAAACCCAAGCUGUGAAGGUUUCCCACUGAAUAUAACGUGAAGUAUUUAAAAUAGAAGGGUAUUUUCAUACUAGCAUGAAGGAGAAAUUCAGUGCCAAUUGCAUGUGCCAACUUUUAUUAGAAGUCUGUAUAUUAUAUAAAUAAGGCUCUAAAUUGUGAAAACUUCUGAAACUUUAUAGUGUUUACAAGUAAAACUGUGGUGUUCAUGCAGUUUCUUCCUCCUCAAAACUACAGAUCACUGCAUUCACUGUAACUUUGUACAUAUAUAUGUUUAAAAAGAACUACACAUUUUCUGUAUUACAAAUUGCUGUAUAAUAAAAUAUGCUUCAGUAGCCA